AUUUGUGACCAAUACACUUGCGAUAUGUUCUCUGUAGGCGGAUGUUAAACCAUUAGCUAAGCAACCGAAGCAGGUCUGGUUAGUUUGUUAUCCCAACCUUAAAUUCCUUAUAACUGUGCUCUAAACACUACAUCCGUCAGACAACAGUACAGAUCCGACGUGUCGUAUUUUCUAACCACACUACGAGACCCUCUUCUGACUUUGCUUGGCAGAAGCGCUUGUUUAGCUAUCUAGCUAGCACCACCCCAUCUACUUCUACAUCAGCAGGCUACCACCAGCUAGCUACGCCAGCCUCGACUGGGCUAGUUAAUGUGUUUGCUCACAUUACCCAGUUUAGCUGUAUAGCUAACUCAGGACAACUCCCAUUUUUUUUUACGGAGGAAUGAACCAUAAGAGUAAGAAGAGGAUUAAAGAGGCGAAACGGAACGCCAGGCCCGAACUCAAGGACUCGUUAGACUGGAUCAAACAUGAUUAUCACGAAACUUUCGAUCUGUCUCACCGGACAGUGAAGGAUAAUGUGGAGCGUGUGGACACCCUUCGUCUCAGCCCGGAGGAGUUCAUCCAGCGCUUUGAGCGGCCCUACAAGCCUGUGGUGCUGCUUAACUGCCAGGACACCUGGCCGGCCCGUGAGAAAUGGUCCCUGGAGCGUCUCAAACGGAAGUACCGCAACCAGAAGUUCAAGUGCGGCGAGGACAACGAGGGCUACUCUGUGAAGAUGAAGAUGAAAUAUUACGUGGAGUACCUGGAGGGCACGCGUGACGACAGCCCGCUCUACAUCUUCGACAGCAGCUACGGUGACCACGCCAAGAGAGGCAAGCUCCUUGACGACUACCAGGUGCCCCUGUUCUUCAGAGACGACCUGUUCCAGUUCGCCGGGGAGAAACGCAGGCCUCCCUACAGGUGGUUUGUGAUGGGUCCCGCACGCUCAGGGACGGGGAUCCACAUCGACCCUCUGGGGACGAGUGCCUGGAAUGCCCUGGUGCAGGGCCACAAGCGCUGGUGCCUGUUCCCCACACACACACCCCGCGAGCUCAUCAAGGUGACGCGGGACGAUGGAGGGAACCAGCAGGAUGAAGCCAUCACCUGGUUCACCGUGGUGUACCCCCGCACGCAGCAGUCCACCUGGCCCGCUGAGUUCAGACCCCUGGAGAUCCUGCAGGGCCCUGGAGAGACGGUCUUUGUACCCGGAGGCUGGUGGCACGUGGUUCUAAACCUGGACACCACCAUCGCAGUCACACAGAACUUCGCCAGCGCCACCAACUUCCCCAUCGUGUGGCACAAGACUGUGCGCGGCAGGCCCAAACUGUCCCGCAAGUGGUACCGGAUCCUGAAGACAGAGAGACCAGACAUGGCUGCCCUGGCUGAUAAAGUGGACCUGCAGGAGUCCACGGGCAUCGCCUCCGACAGCUCCAGUGACUCUUCAUCCUCCUCCUCCUCUUCCUCCUCCGAAUCAGACUCUGAUGCUGGCUCUGAGGGAGACAUCAUGUCCCACAGGAGGAAGAAGAGGAGGACGUGCAGCGCUGUGACUAACGGGGAUGCCACCACACAGGACGACUGUGUCAGCAAGGAGCGCAGCUCCUCCCGGUGACCACGCCCCCGCAGAGCCACGCCCCCCGCAGAGACACCGCCUCCAGAGCCACGCCCCCUCAGAGCCAAGCCCCCCGCAGAGACACCGCCUCCAGAGCCACGCCCCCUCAGAGCCAAGCCCCCCGCAGAGACACCUCCUCCAGAGCCACGCCCCCUGCAGACACGCCCCCUCAGACACGCCCCCUGCAAACACGCCCCC